CUUCCUGUAUGAUUCUAUCCUUGUGGUCUUCUUUCACGCAGCAUAUUUUUAUUUCUCCUUACCAAGAAACGCACCGCUUUCGUCGUUCCACUUGAACAACAGCAACAAUGACUCUCGGUUCCGGAGGAUCGAGUGUUGUAGGUAUAAUCGCAAACUUCUGCACAGAUUAUCUAAAUACGGGUUUGAUGGAUCUUGCCUAUCUAUGGUUUCUGAACUGAAUUGCAACUGUUUAUUGUUGACUAUUUUAUUUUGGAUUGGCAGCAAUUACCUUAAGCUUGUCUGAAUUUCACUAGACUGAAAAAAUAUCUCUGUUAAUGGUCUCCUGCUUUGUGGGUUCUUAUGUUUUUCUUGUUUUAUUCGGGUUAUUCCUUGUUUUCUUCCUUCAGACAUUAAAUACUUUCGUAAAGUCAGUAUAUUUGCGAUUGGAAAUUUUAGGAUGUUGAUGAAGACACGUAUUUGUGUUCAAUCUGUGAUGAGAUUAGGUAUCCCUCCAUGUCCUAUGUGCAUGUUAUUCAUUCACAUGAUAUCAGCUUUGUUUUGCCAAUGUGAGUAACUUUUUAAGAAAGAAAAGCUGUUGGUUGGUGUAGCUCCUGUUCGGUUCCACAAGAGAAAAAGUUGAUAAUGUUCUUAUCAAGGCAGUAAUCUAUAAUGUGCUGAAUUUAGUACAUAAGUGGUUUUUCUGUGAAUGAUGCACAUCCAAGAGGAAGGAGAAUGAAAUUUUUUAUAGUUAUGAUUUGGCAAUCAGCUCAAUUUGUAAAUGUUUGUGGUGGUGAUUAGUAGACUCUUGAAGCCUUGUUAUGUCGCGGAUAUAAUAGAAUGCAUGGAAAUAUGUUUGCGACAUCUGUCUUAGGUUAAUGGGAAGGGGGAAAACAAAACAAUUUUGAUGAGGCAGUUGAUGAAAUUUUUAAGGUGUUGCUGGAUAUUAGAGGGAAUCGUAUCGUAAAUAUAGAUUGAUUUAGUGAUAAAGAGAGAAAAGUAUUUUCGAUACAUUAUUGAUGAAUUUAUUAAUCUAUUUAGGUGUAUUGCUCAAUACACUAGCUAUGUGUAUCAUGACAACGUACUCGUUCGGCUACAAAUAGCUUAAGGAUGGAUUUUUUCUAAACAGCCCAAUCACAAACAGGGUUUUCAAAUGGUGGUUUUAUUAUACACUCUUUAGUGGUUUCAGCACUUCAUUCUCGAUCAUUUGAAAUGGAUUUAAAACUGGAACAAUCAAGACAGUAAAAUGGGUUUCAUCUGUGAUAUUACUACAGCCUCCAAUGUUACAAAUUUUCAUGUUUUCUUGAAAUUUCGUCAACAUUGUUAUCGUGCUCUGUAGUUGUACCAUGUAAAUUUGCCUUGAUGUGAUGCCUAACAGUUCUCCUCCUAAAGAAUUUUCAUCGCUUUCUGCAAUUGUGUUAGUCGAUUUGAACUUCUUCAUUCACUAACUUCUAAUGUUGCCCUUUUCCUAAAAAGAGUUUCCAAGACACAUUCACAUGAAGUCAUGCUAUGCUGCAUUAUUAGGUUGUAAAAGACAUUAAUGAUCUGUUGUACAGAUUCAAAACAAGUGAAAUUUUUCUUCUGAUCCUGCAUUUAAUGUCAAUUCUCAUCACCAUUGAAAUUACCUAUAAGCGUUGCCUACUGAGGUAGAGGCAAUCAGAUGUGCGAUCCUUCUUGUCCGUGCAUGAUGUCUUCCGAAAUGUGUGAUCAUUAUGUCAAGGCCAUUUAGGUCCUGUCUGAGUUUUGCUGUUUCUUCCAAAUUUGGUGACAUUUUUGUUUCUCGACAGUGCCUCGAAAUUUUAGGUUGUUGGAGGAACUUGAGCGUGGGGAAAAAGGUAUAGGAGAUGGUUCUGUCAGCUAUGGAAUGGAUGAUGCUGAUGACAUAUACAUGCGUGCUUGGACAGGGACCAUUAUUGGUCCACAUAGUACUGUGCAUGAAGGCCGUAUUUAUCAACUGAAGCUCUUUUGCGACAAAGAUUAUCCAGAAAAGCCACCAAGUGUCCGUUUCCAUUCACGUGUCAACAUGACUUGUGUCAACGCAGAGACUGGAGUGGUCGAGGCAAAGAAGUUUGCGAUGCUAGCUAACUGGCAACGGGAGUUCACCAUGGAAGACAUAUUGACUCAGCUGAGGAAAGAGAUGGCAGCUUCACAUAACCGGAGGCUUGUUCAACCUCCGGAGGGUACCUUUUUCUAAUUGGAAUCAUCAUCAGCUGUUGACAGUUGAGACCCUGGAUUCGUAAACCUGUAGAAUUUGUCCUCAGAGUAAAUAUUUAUGGUUCUUGUGACGUGUAUGAUGUCCCCCAGGUUCAGUACUUCGUAAUUCUGGUGAUUUUAAGAUUCUGUUUGUGUUGAAUAUAGCAUGUAUUAUGACAUUUUGCAUUGUUGGAAUCAAUCUCAGAGACAUCAAAGUCCAAACCAGUUGUAUGUUUGGGUGUGGAAAUUCUGUAACAAUUUUUGUUACGACCCUAGUAAUACUUGACAUUUUUGAGGUUUAUGAAAUGAUUUUUACACGUGUCAAAGUUUGAUGAGCAUUGUAGAGCCCAAGAUUUUUGGAUUGCAAUACCAAACAGUUUGAUUAAGUUAAUGAUUCGUUCA